AUGUGAUGGACGUGGCGUGGUCUCCUCACGAUGUGUGGCUGGCCUCCUGCAGCGUCGACAACACUAUCGUCAUCUGGAACGCUCGCAAAUUUCCAGAGAUGGUGACAUGUCUGCGAGGACACACGGGGUUGGUUAAAGGUCUGACGUGGGAUCCGGUGGGGAAAUACAUCGCCUCGCAGGCGGACGACCACAGCCUCAGAGUGUGGAGGACGGUGGACUGGCAGAUGGAGGCCAACAUCACCAAACCCUUCAGCGAGUGCGGCGGGACGACCCACGUCCUGCGUCUGUCCUGGUCUCCAGACGGUCAGUAUCUGGUGUCGGCUCACGCCAUGAACAACUCGGGUCCCACCGCUCAGAUCGUGGAGAGGGACGGCUGGAAGACAAACAUGGACUUUGUGGGCCACCGUAAAGCUGUCACCGUGGUGAAAUUUAACCCAAAGAUCUUUAAGAAGAAGCAGAAGAAUGGCAGCGCGCCCAAACCGGGCUGUCCGUACUGCUGCUGCGCCGUGGGCAGCAAGGACCGUUCGCUCUCCGUCUGG